AUGGCUACCUCAGUAUCUCCAGAGCACGUGGUUCCCAUCGAAGCAGUGUUACUAUCCUUGGCUAUUCUCAUAGCAUCCGGUCGGUUGCUACCACGACUGGCACAACGAGCGCAACCAACUGCAAGCGAUAGCUUCUUGAUAGCGUCCAUUCUCAAUGCUAUAGGUCUUUUCGUCACCGAUGUCAUGACAUACAAAUGGGGCGGUAUGGCUGGGGAUGAUGCGCCGGAACCCCCGACGGCGCAGCUCAUCGCACUGAAGAAGGUACAAUUCGCCGGCAAUGCUUUCUACGAUACCGGUAUCUAUUUGCCAAAGUUGGCGAUUCUGGCGCUUUACUUUCGACUCGUACCAGUUACAAUGCCAUGGCUGCGCAAAGCACUUUAUGCAAUCUCAACCCUCACUGUGGGUGCUAUGAUAUCGACGUUCUUUUUGGACACGUUUUGGUGUGGCCGAGAUCCAUCCCCAAACUGGUCAGUAGAAGAGGGUUCUUGCAGCACCUUUACUUCGAAGGAAGUCUUCAGGAUCGAUUGGGCCAUGAAUAUUACUUCCGAUGUUUUCAUUUUCAUGCUACCGUUCCCGCUUCUCCACCAACUGCAGCUCAACCGGCGGCAGAUCUGGGGUCUAGUAGCGACGUUUUCACUUGGCGCCGUUACGAUCGCCAUGAGCAUCGUUCGUUUUGCGACGAUUGAGAUCAUCUAUGCUUGGACCAACGUUUUUGUCCUCUCCAUGGCCGAAAUGGCGGUCGCUAUCAUGGUUGUAUCGCUUCCAUCGAUGCGACACUGGCUACGGCGCGGCGGCAUAUUCUCAUCCAACAAGAACGAAAGUUCAUCGUCGCGUUCCAAAUACGGACUUCGAACCCCAAUAGUAGGAUCAAAUGGAUUUACGCGCCCUAUGAUACGAGGCAAGCCGAGCGGCCGGGGACCAAUCGAUGAAGAUUCAGGAAGCGAAGUGGAGUUGAACAUCAUGGGGAGGAAGGAUGUCAUUUACGAGACACGUAGGAUUAGCGUCGAGUUUUCCAACUCGGCAGACUACGGGGCUUCCCGGUCCGGGAAACUAUCAUGA